GGGAGGGGCUCGGGGAGGGAGCGGCCGCCAUAUUGCGGCUCCACGGCGGCCCGGGCAGCGCAAGCGAGGCCGCGCGUCGCGACCCCACGUUCCCCUGAGGCACGGACAGGGUGCCGCCGCUUGUGGUCGCCAUGUCGGGCCCCGUGGCUAGCCGACCCAAGUUGUACGCGGAGGCAAACUCGCACCGAGCGAGAGACUACUGGGACUAUGAGGCGCACGUCGUAGAGUGGGGGAACCAGGACGACUAUCAGCUGGUGAGGAAGCUGGGUCGGGGCAAGUACAGUGAGGUGUUCGAGGCCAUAAACAUCACCAACAACGAGAAGGUCGUGGUAAAAAUUCUCAAGCCAGUCAAAAAGAAGAAGAUAAAGCGAGAAAUCAAGAUCUUGCAGAACUUGCGCGGAGGUCCCAACAUAAUUACUCUACUGGACAUCGUCAAGGACCCCGUGUCCCGGACACCGGCCCUGGUAUUUGAAUACGUUAACAACACAGACUACAAGCAACUCUACCAGACGCUAACAGAUCAGGACAUUCGCUUCUACAUGUAUGAAAUCCUGAAGGCCCUCGACUUCUGUCACAGCAUGGGCAUAAUGCACCGGGAUGUAAAACCGCACAACGUCAUGAUUGAUCACGAGAACCGGAAGCUUCGGCUAAUAGACUGGGGCCUGGCUGAGUUUUACCACCCUGGGCAAGAGUACAAUGUAAGAGUGGCAUCCCGAUACUUCAAAGGCCCCGAGCUGCUGGUUGACUAUCAGAUGUACGACUACAGCCUUGACAUGUGGAGUCUUGGAUGCAUGCUGGCAAGCAUGAUCUUCCGCAAGGAGCCAUUCUUUCAUGGGCACGACAACUACGACCAGCUCGUGCGUAUCGCACGCGUGCUGGGCACAGAAGAGCUCUACACAUACAUCGACAAGUACAAUAUCGAUCUUGAUCCACGCUUCAAUGACAUACUGGGCAGGCAUUCGCGUAAACGCUGGGAGAGAUUUGUGCACAGCGAGAACCAGCACCUAGUGAGCCCCGAGGCGCUCGACUUUCUGGACAAGCUGCUGCGAUACGACCAUCAGACCCGGCUCACGCCACGCGAGGCCAUGGAGCAUCCAUACUUCUACCCCGUGGUGAAGGAGCAUGGCAGGAAGGGCUCGAUGAGUGGUUUGUUUGGCAACUCCACGACCCCAAGCUCCACCCCAGCAGGCCUGAGCUCACCACGUGGGAGCCUGACGUCAGGGGGGGCCAUGCUGUCCCCCGCCGGGGCUCCCGCCACCCCUCCCCUGCAAACGGCAGCAGCGGUCGGCGGGUCACAGCAGUAGCCCCUGGGGGGGUGCCGUGUGGCCCCGUGGAUGUCGCGAUGGGCCGCUGUGGCCACACGUGUGUGCGGCCGAGACCGAGCAAUCGGUUGGGGCAGCCACUGUAAAACAGAAAUCUCCCAACCUGCCACUAAUGUCAUUAAGCAAGCGGGGGAUGGGUCAGGUUUUGGCGUUGUCCGGAACGGGUGAGCUGGCUUCCUCAGGUUUGGUUGGAAAUCCGAUUUACAGUUUGUCGUGAUGCACAGGCCGUACAAAGGUUUAGAAUUUUCUAAGGGUCUUGUUUAAUUAUUAUUGUUAAAUUUUUUUCUUAUUUUUUUUAUUAAUAUACUGCAAUAUAUACUAAACAUUCGUACAAGACCUCACGGGUACAACACAAAUAUGUUAUUGCAGACGGACUUUUGUGGAGGGACUGCUGAUGUUCACAUGUUCAGUAUCGGCUGAAAAGGCAUCUAAUCAAGGUUGGGCAGUUUUCUGUAGAUUUGACCUGCAUCCAGCGUUGCCAUUUGGACAUAAAGGUGGAGCUGUACAAUUUUGUACCCUUUCCAUGUUCACCAAAUGAUUCCUGACUAUUCUUUGAGAGGAGCCCAAGGUUAUUCAAACAUGCAUAAGGCGGGAAGGAGUUCUUUACUAAAGCACGUGUUUAAAGGCAGUGAGGUUGUUUUUUUCCAGUGUUUGAAAUCCCUUAUUUAGGGGCCUUUUUCUUUCCCCCAAAUUUAUUUUAUCCCAUGUUUUCAAGGAAAAAGUAUGCAUUCAUGUAGCAUCUUUUGUGACUACAAUAAGAAAAAAAGUUUUCUGCAUUUUGGUGCUUAACAUUUCCGUUUUUCAUGGCUUUGUAAAAAUAGCAGUACUGCAGUCCACAGGAUGUGUAUGGUAAUGACAUAGGGUACGGAAAUGAAGGUUUGCAUUCCUGUGCAAAAGGCAUCAUGAGAAAUUAAUGGCGAUUGAUUUCGCAAAAGCAAAGAACAUGCUAGGCUGUGCAAGUGCUGAGGUGAUAAUUUAUUUUGAUAUUGGCCUUUGGGCUAUUAUGAUGUCAACUUAAACCAGUUUUUAAAUGCUUAUGUACUAAUUUUACGGUUAAUUGUGCUUAGCAAUAGCCUUACUCCAGAAUUUAAUAGAUAUCAUACUCAGAAAGAGCACUUGAAAAAUGUGGAUAUCAAUUCGUCCAACUUGUGGAAAUAAUGCGUUGAGAACAUUGCUUAAUUUUUAAAAGGGUGAAACCUAAUAUUUUCAUUAAAGGAAAUCAUUUUUUCUAAUUAUGUUGUGUACAUGAAUAAUUCAAUAUGGAAUGGAAUAUCCUCCCAACUGCUGGAAACCUGCGAACGCUGAUGUUUAUUUAUUGUUUUGGAUUAUUUUUAUUUUGUUACAUGGACAAUUGUACAAGCGGACAUGCAAGCCAAUGUCCCUUUGAAAGACGCCUUCAUUCGCUCUUACUCGAUGUGCAGCAGGCUGAAAUGGACCUUGAUCAAUGUGGAAAUUAGAUUGUCGUGGGAAGAAAAGGCCCCCCCGUUGUGAUCUGUGCUGUGCUGUUUAUGUAUUGGAAAGGUUUAAUGCCAGUAAAAAAAUAACUUAAAACGCAUCAAGGUCUACCUUUGGGCAGACCGCCAUAGCCAUAGUAUGACCUGUUCACAUAGUUUUGUGGAUGGGUUAUUGCAACAACAGCCUACUUGGUGAAAACUAAAUAACGAGAAUGAAUUAUAAAGAAACGGGGAUCAAUCAACUUGUCAAACUGUUUAUGGAAGCAUCUGCUGAAAAUAGGCCUGGCCCUCUGCUGUGUGUGUGUGUUACCUUGCCGGUCUUUGGCUGAAAAUGCGUUUGUGCUGUUGAGUAGUGGUCGCGUACACCGUUUGCUUCCACUGGCUGGCAGGGUGUGGAAUAUCGGAGUGGCCAGCGGUCACAUUUCGAUUAUCUUUUUUAUAUAAAUUACAGUACUGUUAUUUUUGAAUCUGUGCCGUUCACGUUCUGCUGCUGCUGCAAACAUCGCCUCGAAUUUCCCUGUCGCCCGUGCAUUGACCGGAGGGGAUCGCCAAAUGUUUAAGAACCACAUUAAAAAGAGAGAACCCUGGUAAAAACAGCGCUUGUGUGAUUUGCACAUGUGACCGCGACUAAGCAAUUCUGACCAAAUAGUGUAAAAGUACACGGUGCGUAUUGUAUCUCGAGUUCCGUACCGAAAAUGCAACAGUCCUUUUACCACUUCUAUUUUCUGUUGGGUGUGGGUGCGUGGCGUCGCUGCCCACCAGGUUGGUGGUCAGCGCUCAUGUUUAGCGGCCAGUGGCACCAACAUAACGACACGUCCGUGAGUGGUCUGUGCGUGACCGCGCUAUUAAACACCUCCCCCCCCCCCCCCCAAUACUAAUGCGUUGCAGCGUGCAAGGCAGCGGUGUUUGCAGCGUUUAGUUGAUGGGAGCUUUUCUUGCCACCAACUUCACCUUGGGCCCUGCUAUGCGUGAAGCGUCUGCCAUUUUGAUGGUCAAACUGUGGGUGACAGUGGUGGAGUGCAGAGGCAGCCUUCGGCCAACCUGGUGCUCAGACAUGCCUGUUCAGUUCGGCUUGCUUAUGUGUUGCUCCCAAAGAACGGCCCAUGCAGGCAUAACCCGAUAGUUAAGUUGCCCCCAAGUUCGCCACCAGUUGACACCGAACAUUUUCAGGACAGAGGCACCCAAACGGUACAAUGGAUGACAUUUAUUGACGAACACAAGGUGCUUGGGUCACGAGAAUUGCCAAACGUCUCUUACCCAGUGCUGACCACCGCAAACCGUCUGGCCCACGAGUCCUCAUGAUAGGUUUUGUCGUUGAACAUGCACGCGUUUUAGUGUUUUUUGUUUAGGAGGGGGGUGGGAAGAGGGGGCGGCUCCUGAUAUCUUGAUAAAUAACCAGGACCUUGAAGACAUCGAAAUGGGGCCUCCACUCGAAUCCUGUUAAUUCAGUAUUUUUUUUUUAAAUGGGAAGUCUAUAGCCGCACGGCCGCAGAGAAUGGUCGGCGGUGCGCCCACGUUCGUCGCAGUGGCUGCUUACAAUACAGUACACACAUUUUGUAAUACUGAAAAAAGAAGAGAAGAAAUUCUUAGUUGCAGUAGUAAUAACAACUGUUGCGAUGGUCUGACUUGAUUUGAAUGUUGACGCCGCCCUGCAAUGUGCCCACUGGUGCUGUCUGUGUCCCCCUCCCCUCCUCCCCCCGUGCAGGAUGCGCCUUAACAGCGACUGUGUGCGUGUGUGUGCGUGGAUGUUUGACGAGAGGAGACGGUCCGGGGUGUAAACGCUGUUCUUUAAUAAACGUGAUAAAGCUUU